AGAGGAGGAGGUAGGGAGGCUUGCCAAGAUGGCGGCCUGCGGAGCCCUGCGAGGUCGUCGCUGAGCCGCGGUCAUGCGGGAGCCCUGCGUCCCGCGGCUGGGGCGCCCAUCGGUUGACCCAACAGAGUCCACAACAGUUCCUAAUCCCAUGAACUAUGCCAUUGGCGCCUAGGCAUGGGACGCCAUCAUGGGAAGAGCUCCUCGGGCGGCUCCUGUGUACAGCCGCCGCCGCCCUCUCCGUCGCCUGCCAGACGACGCAGCCCGACAUGCCUCCGCACUUCCUCAACUACAGGGUCUCGGCCCGCUGCAACGCCUCGUGCGCCCACGUCCUGGCUUCGACGCAGUGCAGUGACUUGCAGGGCCACUUGCCCUUUUGCAGCCACUUGCCCCUCCAGAGGGUGCUCGCUAUUGGUGGUGGUGAGGACUGCGGCACAAGGCUCCAUAGCGUACUCCAAAGGGACGCCAUCGCUUGCCAGCUCAGCUGCGAGUUCCAUGCUCUCCUGAGCAGAUACGACUGUCUUGGAGGAUACGCCGCCAAGUGGAACUGCCAUUCUUGCGCUAGAGUAUACCAGGAGUGGACGUGCGCAAUGCUGGUGCCUGUGUACCCGGCGCCCGUGGAUCCGGGCGGGGGGCCUGAAGACCCGGGUGGUGGAGGUCAAUCGACGACGACGGAAGGGGUGGCGGCGGUAUUACCCGUCAGGCCCUGCCGAGAGUUCUGCCACCGGGUGGAGGAGCAGUGCCCUUACAUACAUCCGGCAGCCAAGGAGCAGUACGCAGGAGAACCCGUCUUCAUAUGCAUCGAUCCCAAUAUCCCAGACCUACCGUCAAUCAGCAACUCGUCGUAUGGUCCACCUGGUGACUGCUACCGGCCGUGCCAUGUGAACGCUUCUCUCUCGUCCACAAACGACGAGUGUACUAGUGCAACUAUAGUAGGGGAAUUUACGACAACAACAAGCGCCGCAGCGAGCAGUGGCUCCAGCAGCAUGUACGUUAGUGUUGUUGUCGGCGAGCGGACGCUGCCAGUGCUGGUGACCGUGUUGUGCUGGGUAGUGGUGCUUGCCAGAACCUGUGCCCGACAGAGACUAUCAUAGCGCUGCCCUAGGGCUCUGCUGCCUUCAGAGACACAUUGUGCGUCUUGUGCAGCAGCCCUACGCUAGACGGGGCCUUCCACAACAGGGGGCUCCCUCGCGGACAACGCGCUGCCCAGGUGUUCCAGGAGCAGGUGAGACAGCACCAACCUGAGCAGAGCACCCACACCUGAUUCCGGAAAGGCAGGAACCAGCCCGUGCCACCAUCGGGGGAGGCCCUGUGUCGCGGGUGUAGGUGUUGCUUUCCGGCGAGGACUCGCGACAAAAACAAACAAAAGUGACAGCUUCUACUACAACGACGGAGGAAACCACCCUUCGUGCUUCUGAGGUGGGCCAAUCCCAGUGCUUCCUUCAUGCCACAACAAGCUUGCUCGGAAAGCUGCACCCCCACUGCAUACGAUGCGCCACCCUCCCUUCCUCCAGCCACCACUACCCCUAAUCGGGGACGAGGAUAACAACACGCACCUGGUUACAACUUCGCUACCUGUGUUCAUCUUAACCAACGGAGGGUGCCGUGUCAUUGCUCGUAUACUGCUCUCUCCACAGGGCUUUUUUUUUUUUUUUUCUGAUAACAAAACAAAAACUAACGCGCAUGCAAUAAGAGCCGACAUAUUUUGGUAAUUUAACCUUUAUCAGACACGUAAAAUUGGAACACACAUUUCACAUUAGGAAGCAUAUGCGAAUGUUCUAAUUUUUCAAGUACGGAAAGCGAAUAUUUCUAUAUUCACUUUCUACAUUCAAUACGGAAUUCUGUAUUCGAAUUUCAAUUUGCUGUUUGUUCCGCACCGCUAUUCGUUCAAAUAAAUACGAAGCUGCACGAGAGAGGGCAUCAAACAGAGUGAGCGAUAUUUCAUGUUCAGACGUUCACAUGUAUACAUGCUGUACACAUGCUGCAUGCGUGUCCAGUCGUUUUGUAUGCUCUUCAGUUUCAGUGUAAUUAUUCGCACGUGCCUACACAUUAGCCUUCGUUCUUCGAAGCAACGUGUGUGGUUUCAAUAACACUGCGCUUUGCAGUGAAAUAACUUCCUGACUAGUCAUUCCAGACCGAGCACGAGGGACGUCAAAAGUAGCAAGCCAACCCUAGCUUGGCUAACAUCUCUACAAACCCAUAAUGAACAAGAACAAAAGUGAUACGAGUCAACCACGAUAUCCUUGAGGAUCAUAUUUAUGUUACUACAGGGGGGGAAUUACGUGGAGUGCUUAAUGCGAGCAGUGACACCAGCACCACUUUACUACCUGACAGCGGUAAUGUUGCACAAUGUCUGAUUUCACGGUGGUACUGUUCCGUUUCGUGCCAUUCGGUAUUCUCACCUAUUCCGAGGGACUGACGAAGAAGGGACUUGAGGAAAGAAUGUUCUUAUGAUGAUGUUGCUCUUCUGCAACUAGCGGUUAUAGCCAAUCUUUUGUAUUGUAGGAGAAUACAUAAAUAUAUAUAUAUAUAUAUAUUAUACAUAUAACUAUAUAUAUAUUGUAAAGAAAAUGAAGUGAGAAAGUGAAGCCGUUUCGGUGUUUUUUCGAAACUGGCACAUAUAACUAUGACGCCAAGCUAUGGGUAGAUGCUUUCAAAAUGCCUAUUCGACUCGCAAUUGAAUCUGGAUUACACAAUGCAUUUCAUGCAGGUUCAUUUACGUCCGCUAGUCGCUGUCACUGACAGGUUUAAUAAAUAUCCAUGGUUUCCAGCACGUGACAUGUUUUUUGUGCUGUGUAAUGCAUUCCUUUUAACAGAAUGUUUCCUGAUUACGCUGCUCUUUCCUUGUUGGUUUGUUGUUGCUGUUGACAGUGUUAUUCCAUGCUUUCGUUGAUAUGUACAUACCAGCAUCACCGAUUAGAAUGGAGAGAUGGGUGACGGCGUAAGAAAGAUACGUUUAUCAACUUUGAACUCCACCGUUUAACGUGUAAAUUAAGCCGUACAAGUACAGGCAUGCAGUGCACAAUCCCCUGAAGCAGCAUCACCACAAAAUCUGCAUAGAAGCUGACAAUUUGACAUUGGUAUAUGUGCCUCACUCUUACCGACACAAAAAGUGUUGUGUGUCGUGAAGCGUUAUUGCUUUGUGAAACACCUGCAGGGCCUCAUAAUGUGUUACUCCAAAAGUGUUUGCGCAUUUCAAGAACCGAAAAUAUGAAAAAAAGACAAAGCUCGUGAAAUUGCUCGUUUUAUGAAAUUCUUUUUACAACAGUACUGUGUUGUUCUAGUUGAACUGUCCACUGGAUGUCUUUUUUCUUUUUGUCUAAAGAUAUCUUCAAAGAAAGCAAACUUUGCUCUUAUGUUGGCGCUUUCCACGACCAGGAAAGAACUUAUCAUCUGCUUCGUCUCAAAGCUACCGUAGAUCAUGUCACGCUAUCGGGUGGCAUGCUUCAACUUGUACAACACACUGCUGCACGAGGUAAGGACGGUGGCCAUCGUGUCUUGGAAGCUUACCUAGUGCUGGUAUUUUUGUUCCUCGAUCCCCUGCCUUGUUUUGCUCAGAGACGCUCUUCCUAUAGUGUUCCAAGCAAGUUUGUGCAUCAUGUGGGUGAGCCAAGCCUAGCACGUGUAACAAUAAUGUGAGCGGCCGGAACAGACACCCGGCAGCAGCAAUUGUGCCUGUUGUGUUUGUGCCACUCCUGGCAGAAAAACAAAAGGGAGCUAAAUUCUGUAAAAAAAAAAAAAAAAAUGAAGAAAGAGAGAAUUUGUUAGCCAUACGUCCAUUUACGAGUACCUGAUUUCCUUGUGGUGGUGUGUGUGGCAACAAAUUUGUGUGCAUGUGCGCGUGCGUGCAGAACACGUUGCAGACGGCACUUGAAGCCAAAGCACGAGGAGAAGACUUUCCACGAGAAAUACAUAUGUGUGGGUACCCAUAAUUUACAAACCCCACCUGGCUUUUUUUGUUUUCUGUUUUUCUGUGGACAGCGCAAGGUGUUAGGUCGAUGCUGAUCUUUUGUAUGAGUGUUCCGCUCUGCAGUAGAGAUUUUCGCCGACAGGGCUUUAGAACCAAUGUCGGUGAGUAGAUCUUUCAAAUGAGUUGGGUGAAAUUGGUGGGUGCGCACACGCAAACGGGGGCAAGCUAAAACGUGGUCAAACAAAACUUUGGUUUCUGGGGAGAACAAAAAUAAAAAUAAAAAUUACGCCGUACAUCGUGCAUCGCUUUCGAGAGUCUUCUGAUCCGUAUACUGUUGUUUCCUGUUCAAAUGUUUGUUAGUUUCACUGCGAAUCCAAAAAAUAUAUCGGGCCGACAUCGGACCAAGGAGCCGUAUGCAUGUGCGUGCCCACCCGUGUAUUGAUAACAUACUAGGCACGCAGCAAUUUAUGCAAAUAUGACAGAAAAUUGCCUGUUAUGUGUACUAUUCCCGGAAGUAAUAAAGCUGCGACAAUGACAACCGGCCCAUACGGCAAGCCGAUUUUCCAGGUUUGCAAAGCGCUCGGGGAUGGCCGCAUGCAACAGACGACAACCAUUGCGGCAGUUUUCUGGCCAGCGGAACAAAACUCUUUGCUUUGUAGACACUUGCCAGGGAGUCCAUAAUGAUCUUCUUGUCGACAACACGGAUCUUUUUAUACUGCUACGUCUUAUUUCGUUCACUCUUUUUGUUUUUAGCGUGUAGGAAUUUGAUAGUCCGACAAGAAACGGGGGCUGUACGGAGAAUUAUAUAGGACAACAAAUUAACGCGUGGAACGGCAUUAUGCUGCUUACGGCGUGAGGACAAACGAAGAAGCAAAACAAGUGUUAUAUCGUUGUUACAAAAAAUGUGCACAUGUUACAGUUUGCACUGGAGCGAGCAUACACAAACAGGUACACGGUUACACAAUUUGUUAAGUUUCACAUUCCACACCGGCAGAAUUGACACGGGAGUUACGCAAGCUAUUUUCAAAACGACCAGUGUGCCUCUCAGUUGCAGUUACUGUCCCGAGCUUUGUUUUCAUAAGCACAGGAGGCAAAUUUAACGCAAAUUUAACGCAAAUUUAACGCCAAUCCUGACGCUAGUAGCGUAAAAGACCAUUCAAUGACGCGGGUUCCUCACAAAAUACAGUCCCUAACAUGAUAAAAUCAUUAGAAGCUGCUUUAGAGGCCUUUAGAGCAUCCGAAUGUUUUCCUAACUUCAUACGAUUGCGCACGAAGUGCGACAUAUUGUCAGAUAACGAUAUUGCGUUGGCAUUCAAAAUAUAAUACACUGGAAAUUACUCUGUCCUUUAGUAAGCUCGUUAACACCUAUGUAUGUUACUACAUUAAUGACAAACUUGCCUGUUCGAUCGGAAAGACAUUGCGUUGUGGACCCCUUACAAAAAUUAAAAAUACGGCUUCCUUAAAAAUGAAAGGAGCUCGCAGAAACGAAAAGACUAGCAACUAAAAAAUUCCUAGCACUAUCAUACCUACGUUAUUAAAAAUGCCUGCUUUGCAACACCCAACCGGGGUUAAAGACGACUAGAAGAAACCCAAGCAGGUUUCAUCAUUCCAUGCAACCUCAGUGCAAUAUGUUCGUCAACAAGGACACGUUGUAGUGUAACAAAAACUGCGGAGGAGCAGUUUUAUUCAACUUCGAGUAACCCUGCAUGAUUCACAUUUAAAGGAACAGAUGAACAACAUUCAACAGCUUUCAGACGAGAAGCGGUGAGGCGCUUGUGGGCCACCAGACAGACAAAUGUUUCCUGCCAUCCAUAACCUAAACAUAUAUACAAUAUGUCACGGAGAAAGUGAGAAGCACAUUGAACAUGAAAAGAAGAGUUUUGCAACAAACAAUAGCAACAGCAACAAAAGACACACGCAGUAUAGAAUGACACACACGCGGACCCGCCUAGCUGUUGUAGCCCAGGUCGACAAGAUAUCAUCAUAAAAAAAGACCCGUUUCCUGUUGACACAGGAUCUGCACAAUACCUAGAAUGAGAUGAAGCAAAGGUUUAUAAUAAAGGUUUUAUAUAGUUUGGCUCCCCAAGUGUAGAAUUGUACAUAGAAAACAAAAAAAAAAACCAUUGUUGACCUGUAAAACAGUUGGUACAUUAAAGGGUUGCCGAGAUGUUGGCAA